AUGGAUGAUCGCACGAAAACAACUGAAUUUGUUUUUGUGGAGUUGACAGGUGUCCUAGAGCUACAGGUCCCUUUGUUUGCAAUCUUCACUGUCAUUUACUUCAUCACUCUUCUUGGGAACCUUGGGAUGAUUGUAUUGAUUCUGUUGUAUUCAAGACUCCACACUCCAAUGUACUUUUUCCUCAGUAACCUCUCCAUGAUGGAUUGUGUUUAUGCCUCUGUCACUCCUAAGGUAAUGGUGGGGUUUCUUACAGGAAAUAAGAUCAUAUCCUAUAAGGCUUGUACCACUCAGAUGUUCUUUGCAGCCUUUAUCAUUAUUGAAAGUUUUCUCCUGACAUCAAUGGCCUUUGAUCACCGUGCGGCCAUGUGUAUACCCCUCCAUUCCACCACCACCAUGACAAGUACUGUGUGUGUCCUACUUGUUGCUGGUUCCUACAUCAUUGGACUUGUGCAAUCAUCCACCCAUGUUGCCUGCACUUUCCAUUCUUCUUUCUGUCAUUCCAAUGUGAGUAAUUACUUUUUCUGUGACAUUCUCCCACUGUUGGCUAUUUCUUGUUCUGAUAUCUACUCAAAUGAAAUUGUGCUUUUCACAUUGGCAGGAUUCAACAUAUUUUUCACGCUUGUUAUUUUGUUUUCAUACUUGUUUAUUUUUGUUGCUAUCCUGAGGAUGUAUUCAGCUGAAGGACAGAAGAAGGCCUUCUCCACCUGUGCAUCCAACCUCACCACUGUUUCCAUCUUAUAUGGAACUGUCAUCUUCAUGUAUUUACAGCCAGGUUCUGUGCAUUCCAUGGACACAGACAAAAUGGCAUCUGUGCUUUAUACUACGAUCAUCCCCAUGCUGAAUCUCCUGGUUCAUAGCCUGAGGAAUAAAGAGGUCAAAAGUGCAUUCAAGAAGGUUGUUGGAAAAGCAAGGAAUUCAUUGCACAUAGCUAAUUAA